GAUGACGACGAACCCAAUCGUCAUCACGGGUCCCUCAUCUAUUUACUUCUCUCUCAUUUACGCGAUCUGUUAUUUUGGCCUGUUUCCAAGAUAUACUCCUCCCCUCUUGUACUGUGUUUGACUUCAGUUUGAAUUCUCCGACGGUCACAAGUCAAAGGAUUCAAUAACAUCCACCAUGGGUUUUGCUUCCAAGAUUGCGGGCAGUCAAAACCCGCAGAACAUGAGUGGUAACAACUCGGGGCCAUAUGGAGGAGCGCCUUCCACAGGCUACACGGGCGGUCCUCCUGCAGCGCUGCAGCCUGGUGGUGCUGCUCCCAGUGGAUACAAUGCUUACCCAGGUUCUGCUCCCUCCGGCAACUCGCUACGUACUGGGUCGACAUCGCCCUAUCCAACUUCGUCGGCGCCACCCCAACAGUACCAAGCGUAUGCUCCAGCAGUACCUCCAAACAAGCCAGCACCCUCGCCGUCUCCUGUGUCUCCAACUUAUUCGGGCUAUCCUCAUCCGUCUCAAUCCCCUGCACCUCAGAGCUACUCCCCAGCGCCAUAUGGUUCGGCUCCACCACCACAGGGAUAUCCUCAGGCCCAUCCGUAUGGAUCAGACUCCCAUGGGCCUCCUCAAGGUUAUGGACAACCUCCUGGCUACGGGCAGCCCCCCCAAGGCUACGGAAGGCCUCCUCUGCCAUCCCCACAUGGCUCGUCAACUAGAUCCGCGCCUGGACCAGAAUAUCCUUCGCAACCAUCUUCUCAUGGACCAGGAUAUCCUCCGCAGAAUGCACCUUAUCCCGGUGGUCCUGCACGUCCUCCACAGCAGGGAACCCCUGGACCAUCGGGGCCUCAAGGUGCUCCCUAUGGCCCUCCAGGAGGCGUGUCUCCCGCUCCUCGAGCUACCGAGCAGCAAGUAGCCGCCUAUCGCCAGCUUCUAAUUGGGACUAUCCAAGAGAAGAAUCUCCAAGCCUUCUACCCCCCUGAGAAGUUAAAUAUGCUUAUCCAAAGCCUCGCCAACGAUGCACCGGCUAAGAUCAACAAGAUCAUCCAGGAAUGGCGAGUGCCGACAGAGGUGGCUACGGACAUUAUAAAAUUGUCCCUCUUCGAUAUCAUUCUUUACGUAGAUGACAGUGGAUCCAUCGAGUUUGAGGAACGAGGCGUGAGAAAAGAACAACUGAGGCAGAUCAUUGGCAUCGUUGCGACCGCUGCAUCUACCUUCGAUGAGGACGGCAUCUCGGUGCGGUUUAUGAAUUCUAUGGAAAGAGGCGACGGCAUCCGGAAUGUGGAUGAUGUCAACAUGCUGGUCUCACGUGUCCGUUUUCAAGGUCUUACGCCACUGGGAACAGGCCUGAAGAACAAGGUUCUGGAUCCUCAGGUCGUGGGACCCGCCCGGGCAGGCCGCUUACAAAAGCCGGCACUGAUCAUUACCAUUACGGACGGACAGCCCGCGGGUGAAAAUCUUGAUUGCGUGGCUAAUUCGAUUCGCUAUGCCGUUGACGAGGUGUCGCGAACUCCAUUUGGACGAGGUGCUGUUUCUUUCCAGUUCUCGCAGGUGGGCAAUGAUGCCAAGGCACGUGAUUUCCUAUCCAGUUUGGAUGAGGACCCAAGCAUUGGAAAUUUGAUUGACUGCACUUCAAAUUUCGAGGUUGAGCAAGACGAGAUGUCUCGUGCCAUCCCCCCUGUGUAUUUGACUCGAGAGCUUUGGUGCGCUAAAUUGAUGCUUGGUGCUAUUGAUUCCUCAUAUGAUACCAAGGAUGAGAAGGCCGCCGGUCGUGCUGGCGGGCAUGGAGGGCCUGGCGGACCUGGCGGAUUUGGGGGACCUCAACGACCUGGCGGACCUGGCGGAUACGGGGGACCUGGCGGACCUGGUGGACCUGGCGGAUUCGGGGGGCCUCAAGGACCUGGCGGACCUGGCGGAUUCGGGGGACCUCAAGGACCUGGUGGACCGGGCGGACCUCCAGGACCUCAAGGGCCUCCUCCGCCAGGUCAGUACGGUGGCUAUAACCCGGGGCCUGGAUACGGCCAGCGAGGAAACCCUAACCAACCCCCACCACCUAAUCCAUAUGGCCCAGGACCGGGAUAUGGUCAAGCACCAUAUCCUCCUGGCCAGGGCCAGGGCCCACCACCUGGCUAUGGACAGCCACAGCCGUAUGGUGGAUACGGAUCUCCCCCUCCUUCUGCUGGAUAUGGACAACCACCCGCUGGUGCCACGAGAGGCUAUCCUCCACCACAGAGUCCUUACGGAUACGCCCCCCCUCCGCCCCCGCGGUACUAGAUGAACGGGUUUGAAGCAGGACGGGACGGAGCUUUUCUUUGAAAGGCAGGGCGUCUGGUUGUAUCCAUUAUGAUUACGAUUUCCUUACGUGUUCACUUCUCUGGCGUUUAGCCCACAUUGACUAAAAGCUACUGGUGCGGCAGAAUUUGUCAAUGGUUAAGGAUAGAACAUAUGUCGAUAUCAUCUUUACUACGCGCAACGUCUGUAUCUCGAAUGGGAGCUGCAUCAGCAUGAAAUCCAGGUAUAAAGUGAUGCCACAGAUUAUCGCCAUGGAUAUUGUCGUAAAACUACUAGUAUGUCGUAAAUAUCUACAGCUGUUUAAUGUUUUGCCGGGGUCGGAAGUUUUUCCCGCCCGUUGAAUGACGUCGAUGGAGAUGUAGAGUCAGCAACUAA